AUGGCGUCUCCGUGCACGGAAAAAGCAGUGCAGGAGUUCCUGAUGGAGAGGGGAGGGAGGGUCCAACAGAUGGAGCUGACCGAUCAUUUCCUAUCGGUUUCGGGGGAAAUUGACCAGUCGAAGGAAGGGGUGGACCGUGAGGCGCUGAAACGCAUCGUGGACAACGUGGGCUUUGUGAAGGUGGAAAACGGCGUGACAUUUGUUUGUUUAAACACUGAAGGCAGCGCGGAGUCGGUGAUGCGGACAGACACAGGCGGCCACGAUCACGCGGAGUGCAAUGGCAAUAUCCAGGAGACACUGGACAACAACCAUGUCAACGGCAACCCUGACACCAGAGACCAAACGGGAGCAACCAGCUCCUCGGCUGCCAGCCUGGACAAUGACAAGCAGUCAAAUGGCAAUGGGCAACCUGCAGCCCCCUCCCAGAAUAGUGAAACCCACACAGCUACUCCUACAUCUGGUGGAGGUGGGGAGGUUAAGCUAAGUGAGAGUAGAAGACGGGAGUCCGCUGGUGUGAUUGGAAUUGCGGAUCUGGACCUAGCUCACCCUGCAGCGUCCCACAGCCAGCAGGUGAGAGGGGCGCGCAGGGUGUCCAAGGGUUCCCAGCGGGCCUUGCUGACCAGCUGCCUAUCCGAAGACAGCGCCUGGGAAGGGCUGGACUUUGUUGGAGAUAUCAACACACCCAAGGGAAGUCGCAGGAACUUCAUUGAGCUGAUGAUGAGUAGUUCCCCUCAGAUUCGGAGGUCUCUGAUUAGCCGUGGUUCACGCCUCCGGGACUCAGUUAGGAGCGAUGGGGAUUCGGCAUCGCUCCUCUCCUCAGCGACUGAUGAGGACUGUGCGUCGGUGACCUUGGACCCACUGGAACAUGAAUGGAUGCUGUGCGCCUCAGAUGGCCUGUGGGAAAGCCUGCAGCCCCUGCUCGCUGUGGAACCAAGCCUGGUGGCCAAGAGAGACUUUGUCACCGGCUUCACCUGCCUCCACUGGGCGGCCAAGCAGGGCAAAGCAGAGCUGCUCACCCAGCUGCUGGUCUUCUCCAAGGACAACGCUAUACCUGUGAACGUGAACGUGAGAUCUAGUGCUGGCUACACGCCGCUACACCUGGCAGCUAUGCAUGGACACACACAGGUGGUGCGUGUGUUGCUCUCCGACUGGGAGGCAGACCCUGAGGCUCGAGACUACAGCGGGAGGCGAGCCAUCCAGUACCUGUCCCCGCUGCUGGCUGCCGACCUGCAGGAGGAGGGAGUGAUCACAUCACCGGGGGCCGAGUCGGACAGCGAAAACACCAACAGCGGCAGAGUGCGCAGGUGGCGAUUUCCUAGAGUUCUCCAGGGCAAUCUGAACCCACUGCGGCUCCUGAACCCACCCGCCGGGGCAGCGGAGGAAAGAGUCGUGACUGAGAGGACCAAAGGGGGAAUGCAGAGGAAGUCAUCUCUGAGCCGACUGAACGCCCGGCUGCACCGAGGACGACACCGAGCCCAGAUCAUCCACAGCGUCUCCUUCAGGGAUACGGGGGAGGUGGGAAGAGGAGAGGAGCUCCCCAGCAGCCCUCUCCGAACGCGACCACUAUCCAACCUGUUUGGAUGACGUUAUACGACUCUGCGAUAUUAACCAGUUUGACACCUUUAUAAGCUGACAUGUCAGGCGGUUUUAUGACCAGAGUAACUACACACAUCCUCAUUGACACUAUGAUGUCAAGCUGCUUUUAAGGUUUAUAAUCAUUGGACCACAAGUGUAUAUUCUUUCUGAAAAAUAACUUAUUUUUGUUCCUAUUGCAGUUAAUAUCCUUUUGUUGAUCACUGAGGGCAGGUCACAGUUUACGUCGCAUUUUAUUUACAUAUAAUUUUGUUAUGCUCACUUAGAGUUGGUUGCAAUCAAAACACUAUUUUUGUUGAUUUAAUACUUUACACUAGAACUAAGACUGUAUCAGGUUUUCACUUUAGAGGAUUUGAAAAGAACACUUAGGGUUUGACAUUGUAAUCUAAAAAUCUUGUUUUUGUUUGCAGAGUAAAGUAAUAUAUUCAUAGAACUAAUUUUAUAUUUUUCAACCUCCUUUGAUUGGGUGGUGCUGUUUUUUAAUUCAAUUCUGUAAUUUUAAUUACCAGAUUUCAGUAUUCAAACUGUCAUGAACACAGAAUGAUUGUAUGUCCAAACAACCAUGUGGGUUUGUCAUGUUUGCACUUGUCACUUUGAAGAUGGUCUGAUUAUGGGAGAAAACUGCGAAACUAAAACCAUGUCAUACUUGUACAGGGUGAUCAGAGUGUUAUACCCUGAGAUGUAUGUAUUUUAUCUAAAAGUACAAUGUAAUCUUCCCUUUUUCUAGUUGAUACCAAAACCGUGGCUUUAGUUUUGUCCAAGUAUUUUAACGACCCUCAUCAGUUACAAAGUAGGACUGUUUUACAAGGUGUGAGCAUAUGUGGAACUGGUGUGGAUCAUAGUUUACCUUCAAAACCUUUGGGUCUGGAAUGAUUGUUAUAGUGCUUCUUUAUGUUGGCGUUUAAGCAGUAUGGGCCUAUAAUAGUAGAUUGCAGUGUUUUGUGCAAAUCUGACUAUUUUUACUUUUUUUAUCUGAAAGAAUCAUUCGCUAUAAUCACACAGAUUCCGUAUUUCACGCUGAAUUGGCUCAUGUCAAGAUCUAAUCUCGUGAAAAGGUAUUCAGGUAAAGGUCUUAUUGACAAACAGCAUAGCACUGCUUACAUUUCUACAAUUAAUAUGCAAUCAAUUAAUAUGGACCUUUUCACUCUGGACCAGAUUUGACAUUUAAUGAAUUUCCUGUUUCAGCCUCCUGUAUUUCUCCAACCAUGCAUGAACACAAUCAUUUGUGCAUUAAUCAUGCGUGUCAUCUGUGGAUAGUCAAGAGUUAAGAGCAGAAUGUGCUGUAUGUUCAGCUGCUGAGCACAUUGACUUUUUGACUGUUUUCCAAAAUAUAUGAACCGUGCUUAUACCUAAAUAUCGGAUCAACAACUAUCCUAGAUUUCAUAAAUGUUCCCUUCGGAUUUUGUAUCCUUUGUACUCAAAUCCUAUAGGGCUUCAUGUUGCUUUAUGGUUGACGAGACAUGUAUAGUAAAAACCUACAUUCAUGUCACUUUUUCAGAUGCACGAAUAGGGGAAAUGUAAAUUAUACCCACUGCAUUUCUAUGUCGAAAAUUAAUUGUUUCUGUCUUCUUUGUAACAUUCUGUGAUGUUAUGUUGUGAUGUGAAUACACUGUUACUAAGCCAGU